GGAGGUUACCUCCUUUCCACAUCUCCCUCCUCCUUGGAGGCAAGAGCAACAAACAGUUGAGACAGAGAAAAAGCGUUCAGAAGUGUUGGGGAGCUGGGAUAUUCAGCUCCCCGACAACUCUCAGUGUUUAAAGAAGGAGACAGAGACCCGCGAAGAUGGGAACUCUACAAGAGGCAGGAGAAAAGGCAUUAGAUCCUGGUGUUCUCACCUACUAUCCAGUUCCCUUAAAACACUGCCUCGUUUGUCUCAUGAUAAUCUCUUCUGGGGGACUAUCAGGGUCAGGGAGAAUGCAGAAACAGCAGGGCUAGGAGCAUCCCUGAGACUUGGGGAACUGGAGCUGACGGAGGAAUGGCAGGAUGAAGAAUUCCCCAGAUUGCUUCCCGAAGAGGCUGACCCUUCUGAAGAUCCUGUUGAUCCUGAAGGAGAUUCACAGGCAGGUACCCCCAGCACUUUAGCCCUAAGUGGCCAUCGCCCCAUGCGUAAGCGUCUUUCUGCCCCAGAGUUGCGACUGGAUCUGACCAAGGGGCCUGGAGAUGAUGGGGCGUCUCCCACCCACUCUGAUCCUUCCUCCUCCGAGGGCAGUUCUGACCUGGAGAUGGACGAGUUGGAGACACCUUCAGACUCGGAGCAGCUGGACAGUGGACAUGAAUUUGAAUGGGAAGAUGAGCUGCCCCGGGCAGAGGGUCUAGGGGCCAGCGAGGCAGCUGAGAGGCUGGGCCGGGGUUGCAUGUGGGAUGUGGCUGGAGAAGAUGGUCAUCACUGGAGGGUGUUCCGAACAGGACAGCAGGAGCAGCGAGUGGACAUGACUGCCAUUGAGCCCUAUAAGAAAGUGCUAUCUCAUGGAGGCUACCAUGGUGAUGGCCUCAAUGCGGUCAUCGUCUUCGCUUCCUGUUAUCUGCCCAGAAGCAGCAUCCCCAACUACACCUACGUCAUGGAACACUUGUUUAGGUAUAUGGUGGGGACUCUGGAGCUGCUGGUAGCUGAAAAUUAUCUGCUGGUUCACCUGAGUGGAGGCACAAGUAGGGCCCAGGUUCCAUCUCUGAGCUGGAUACGCCAGUGUUACCAUACUCUGGACCGGCGGCUCCGGAAGAACCUGCGCGCCCUGCUGGUUGUCCAUGCUACGUGGUAUGUGAAGGCAUUCCUGGCGCUGCUUCGGCCCUUCAUCAGUUCCAAGUUUACACGAAAGAUUCGUUUUCUGAACAGCCUGGGAGAGCUGACCCAACUCAUCUCCAUGGAUCAGAUCCACAUUCCGGAAGCUGUCAGACAGCUGGACCAGGAUCUCUAUGGCUCAGGCGGGAUCUAGCAGAGGACUGGAGUAAAAGGACCUCAUAACCAAGCAAAGAUAAUUGAUCUGCCUACACCCUAACCCCUGAAACAUCUGAGCUGUCUUGUAAACGUCUUAUCCUCAACCCCAGUAUCGUUGGAUCUUCACACCUCAACGAGACGUCAUUCAUUCCGUGACCUUGCCUUCAGAGCAGGCUCUGAGGUCCAGAACCUGAUCUGGUGGGUGACUUCCCUUUCAGUUGGAGGGGUGCCUGUGGUGCCAUUUUGUAUAGGAAAGUGCAAAGCGGUGCUGCUUUAGCUGUAGAACCUUGGGCAAAUUCAUCUCCCUGAGUCUGAGAUCCUUCGGUUCCCCCUGGGGUCUUCUAGCAGUCUGUGAAGGUGAGGGAUGAAUGGGGAGGGCGGGGCUUGACCACAGCCAGCCUGCCUACUGGGAGUCCACAGUCAGUGCCCCAAAUGCUAAAGAAACAGUCAACAACGAGGUUACCCUCUCUCCUUUAGUAGUCACGUCUGUUGCCUGUGAGCCUGGGGAAAGGUUGUUCUCAAACCUGUACUUUUGUCCUCUUUAAUAAAUUCAGAUCUGUAGCGGUUAAUAAACUGUGAUGAGAGGUUUAA